ACACCUUGCUUCCCAAGUUUUCCCACCUCUUCCACCUCCAAAGCUCUCUACUCUUCCUAUAUAUAAACCGAAUCCAUCACCAUUUCUACAACCAAUUCAACCAUUUUUAAGCUCACAAAAAACUCAACCAAAAAUGAAGAGAGAAGGUCGCCAACAUGGUAUGGUUCGUACUUACCCAAUUUUACCUUCCCCUUGGAACCCAAAACCCGAGCCCAGGUACAUCAACAAGUCCAAUUCACCACCAACCGCUGGGCUUUUCACAAAGGUUUCAACUAAGCCCUGUAACCAUUCCAAGUUCACAGGCAAGUGCGGUAGGCCCAGAUGCAACAGCUGCCAUAUUCACCCAGCUGGAAAAUCCAAGGAUAAAACUAAAGGAACUCAAAAAUUAAAGGGACGUGGCGACGUUGUUUCGAAUUAUAGGUUGAUUACUUGGAGAGUUGUUGAUUCCAGACCUGGGUUGAAUUUUUCUGGGUUUUCGGCUACUGGAUUAAUGGAUCAUUUGGAUAGUGAUUAUUCUUAUUACAUGGAUCAUGAUGAUGAUCAUGGAAUUUACUAUGAUGCCCCUGAUGAAGGUUAUUUUAACGAGGAAAUUGGAUCAGAAUUGGUAGUUGACUCCAAUUGUUCAACACCUGGUGUUGAGAUUGAGGAAAUUGAUGAUGAAGAAGAAAGAAUGAGUUUCUGUGAGGUGGGAUUUGUGUGGGAAAAGGUUGAAGAAGAUGGAGAUUGGUGUGUGGUGGAAGAAAUGUAAAAAUUGGGUGCGUUCAAUUGUAUUUGUAUUUAAUAUUGUGACCUUUCAAUUAUAUUUACUGUUAAAAAAAAUGUUCCAUUUCUGUAAUUGUCAAAUAAAUUGGAAUAUAUUGCAUACAAAUUUGAGAUGGCAUUAGUUUGUGCUGAA